AUGCGGAUUUAUUGCUUAGGAAGUAUCGUAUCAAAUCACUUUCCGCGCGGGGCCUUCCAUCUCCACUCUUUAGCGGAACGAGUGAGCCGUGAUCAGGAACAGCUCCCAGUUCUGCCACCAUUACACAACACACCCAGAGAUGUUAACGUACCAGUGGUAUACGCAGAGAGUGCAGCAUGUUCCCGUAGCACCUAUUCUCCUCUUCAGGCUUUAAGUGAGAGUACCUGUCGGGACCAUGGCGCCCAUGCCGCGCCUCCGCCACCGCAGCCUCUGCCAAGAAUGCAGGUGUCAAAUCAAAACGUCACCCUACACCCUGCAGUCGCGAGAUGUACAGCCUCCUUAGAGCUUGCUGCCCUCUGGAGGAGUUUUCACGAACUCGGUACAGAAAUGAUAGUAACUAAAGCUGGCAGACGAAUGUUCCCCGCGUUGCAGGCGAGGUUAUCUGGUCUUCUACCCAAUGCCGACUAUUUGUUGCUAGUGGACUUUGUACCGUUGGAUGAUAAGAGAUACCGGUAUGCAUUUCACAGUUCAAGCUGGGUCGUAGCGGGAAAGGCGGAUCCAGUGUCGCCCCCUCGGAUCCACGUUCAUCCCGAUUCACCCGCCGCCGGCGCGCAUUGGAUGCGGCAACUUGUCUCCUUUGACAAGCUUAAGUUAACCAACAAUCAGUUAGAUGAUAAUGGUCAUAUAAUACUCAACUCAAUGCACCGCUAUCAACCACGUCUUCACGUGGUCUACUUGCCUGGUGAAGGGCAAAGCGCGGCGCCGGGGACUGUGCCUUAUAGGACAUUUAUCUUCCCCGAAACGGGCUUCACGGCUGUCACUGCCUAUCAGAACCAUAGAAUAACGCAAUUAAAAAUAGCAAGUAAUCCAUUUGCCAAAGGGUUCCGGGAUUGCGAUCCAGAUGAUUGUCCCCCUGACCAAAGCCCACAAAGGAGUGUGCCUCGGAGACGAGAGCCCCAACAAGCCGAGCCCUACUCAUUAGCGCAGCCCUACGCGGCUGACCCUAGCUCUAGUGGACCCUUGUACCCUGCGCACGCGCAUCCUGUCAGAUACCAGCCGCACGCGGGCCACAAUAGCGCCUACUCAGCGUAUUACGCCCAUAGAUAA